GCCUUCAGGUAGGUCAAAGAGGUCGCUAAGCUUAGCAGUACACUCUAAGUUUCACUUAAACACAAAGAUUUUACGUUAGAUACAGAAGUUGAAAGUAAUUGGCUAUUAAAUGAACUAAGAUGGCCCAAGAUAAUUUUGGCCCCCAUCUACAACACUCUCUCUCCACAAUCACCAUUUUCUAGUAGGCUGAGGUCGAAACGGGCUGUACGUUAAUAUAGAUGCAGCUGCUUAGGAGAACUUAAUUCCACAGGCUCCUGACACUGUCUCAUUUUUGCUAAUCUGCAUGAAAAGAGACCCUGAAUUGUUGCUUGAUUGAACAACCACGAAACAAAAACAACAAACAAAAACCCGCCCAUGCCAAAGUGCUGAGAAGGAAACAACCUGCUAUUAAGUCCAAGAUAAUGGAGGAGGGGCAUUCCCUGCCCAGGGGCCCUCCAGGCCCAGGCCACUGGAAAUGGGCUCUAGCCAGAGGGAACGCCUUGAAGUCCGGAGGUCAUUACCGAGGUUUUAAGGACCGGAUGCCAGCGCGGCUGGGCCGAGGCCGGCAGCCAAGCCAGCCGGGAAGCGGUUGUGGCCGGCGCUGGGAGCCGCGCUGCGCCCACGCCCUGGCCCAGCCCCCGGCGACGCGGAGCUGGUGCCCAGCGCGAGCGCACGCCCGGGCCGCGUCACGCGGGGAGGGCGCCAUGGCAGAGAGCGAGCCGCGCAGCGGAACCAGCUCCUCGCCACCGCCCCCGAGCGACUGGGGCCGCCUGGAGGCCGCCAUCCUCAGCGGCUGGAGGACCUUCUGGCAGUCGGUGGGCAAGGAGAGGACGGCACGGACGGCCUCCCGAGAGGAGGCGGACGAGGACACCAGCACCUUGACGCGGCUGCCGAUUGAUGUACAGCUAUAUAUUUUGUCAUUUCUUUCACCCCACGAUCUCUGUCAGUUGGGAAGUACAAAUCGUUAUUGGAAUGAAACUGUACGAGAUCCAAUUCUGUGGAGAUAUUUUCUGUUGCGGGAUCUUCCUUCUUGGUCUUCUGUUGACUGGAAGUCUCUUCCAGAUUUAGAAAUCUUAAAAAAACCUAUAUCUGAGGUCACUGACGGUGCAUCUUUUGAUUAUAUGGCAGUUUAUAAAAUGUGCUGUCCACACACCAGAAGAGCCUCAAAAUCCAGCCGUCCUAUGUAUGGAGCCGUCACUUCCUUUUUACAUUCAUUGAUCAUUCAGAAUGAACCACGAUUUGCUAUGUUUGGACCAGGCUUGGAAGAACUGAAUACAUCUUUGGUGUUGAGCUUGAUGUCUUCUGAGGAACUUAGUCCAACUGCUGGUCUGCCUCACAGGCAGAUUGAUGGUAUUGGAUCAGGAGUCAGUUUUCAAUUGAGCAACCAACAUAAAUUUAACAUUCUGAUACUAUAUUCAACUACCAGAAAGGAAAGAGACAGAGCAAGGGAAGAACAUACAAGUGCAGUCAACAAGAUGUUCAGCUUACAGAGUGAAGGAGAUGACCAACAGGGAAGCCGGUACAUUGUGAUUCCACAGAUCCAGAAAGUGUGUGAAGUUGUAGAUGGGUUCAUCUAUGUUGCAAAUGCUGAAGCCCAUAAAAGACAUGAAUGGCAAGAUGAAUUUUCUCGUAUCAUGGCAAUGACAGAUCCAGCUUUUGGAUCUUCAGGAAGACCAAUGCUGGUUUUAUCUUGUACUUCUCAAGCAGAUGUAAAAAGAAUGCCCUGUUUUUAUUUGGCCCAUGAGCUACAUCUCAAUCUUCUAAACCACCCAUGGAUGGUCCAGGAUAUGGAGGCUAAAACUUUAACUGGUUUUUUGAAUGGCAUAGAGUGGAUUCUUGAAGAAGUGGAAUCUAAGCAUGCAAGAUGAUCCUUCUUUUAGACCUUGGGAACUGAAACCAUUCGAAUUUGUUACUAAGGUCUUUAUGUGUAUAUUUGCUCAGACAACUACCAUUAUCCUACCUUUUGUAGGUAGGCUUUAUACUGUACAUCUAUAACUGCUGUAUUUUUAUAUUAUUUUUACUUUUAACCUUAAAUCAAUUACAAGAAGAGUUGCAAUCCUAGCAUUUAGCCCCAAAUGAACUUUUAAAUUUUUUUGAUAAAUUUUAUAUUUUAUGUCUUGUAAAAAACAUUAAAUUCUGGGAAAAAAAAUAAGCCUGUAUUGCACUUAUUCUUUGUGCUUUCUAUUAUUUUCAGUACAAAGAUUUCCUUAGAGGGAAAUAACAAAUUUGCUAAGCUUUCCAAAGGUCUUUUCAAGAAUUCAUAACUAGUUAUCAGAAAGGAAACUUUUUGAUAUCCAUUUUUAAUAGAUAUACUUUUUAAGGAAUAAAAUGUUUACUAGAAUUACAUUUAAUAUUAUAACCAUAUGAACUCUCUUUUUUUCUGAAACAGUAGAGAGCAAGAUUAUAUUUAAUACUAGUUCACUGAAAAAAUAGCUUUUCUUGGCAGUUAUUAUUUUCAAAUAAUUUUAAAUGAUAUUAUAGUACUAAAGCUAAAUUUUAUUUCAUAUUCACAGAAAAACAUUCCAGAGACUUACAUUUAUAUUAUUUCCUUCUACAAAUUGCUUGCAUUUUGCAGAGGAAACACCAUAGUAUCUUAUUGGAACUGGAAAAUUUUAAGAUUUUAGUAAAAGAAGCAUAAAUAGCUAUAUACCACUUAUGUAAAUUCUGUAUUUAAACAUAUUUCUGUUUUAGGAGGGAAAAUUUAUAACAUAUACCUAUAAUUGCAUUUAGUCUUUUAGCAGACCCACUCUCCAGAUAACCCAUUAACCCACUAAUCCAAUCAUGAGGGGAGAGCCCUAAUCAUUUCUUAAUGAUCCACUUGGUCGUCCUUCUUAAUAUCCCAUAAUGGAGAUUAUAUUUCAACAUGAGUUUCACAGAAGAUAGACCAUAUGAAAAUCAUAGAAGUUAUAUUAUCCUAGUUUUUUAGGUGAAGAAAUUGAGACACAGAGAAGUGAAUUCUAUUACAAUUCAAGUUCAUGACAUUGUGUAUUUAGUAGAGAGGUCAUGAGAUGUGGAGCCUGCAAAUCUCUUAAGUAUAAAAGAACUCUAAGUUAUUACAAUGGUUAAUUAAAAAUCAAUUUCCUGAAUUCUGUGUUUCACUAAAUUCUUCAUUUCCCUAGCAAUACUAUCUAGAAAUGAAUGAAAGCAAAAAUGGUUAUAUAUGCAGUCUCUGGAGAGCAAGACUAUAUGAGAAUGACCUGAUGCAAAUUCCAUCCAUGCCAACUCUAAUCUAUAUGACCAUGAAGUCUUAAAUUUUGAAUCUUAGUUUUCUCACGUACAUAAUGAUUACCUUGAACUUAAAUUUUGACUUUACCAAGAACUGCAUGGAAGCAUCUUGGAAGUAACGUCUCUGUGUGAAGGCUUUGACUUUGACACUAACAUUCUCAGUGUUUAUAGAUUUUUCGGUGUCAUUCUCUGAAAUAAUUAUCCUCCUGUGUGACAGCUAUUUCAUAGGUGUAUUUAGCUAGUCAUGAAAAAAAAUAAGGGUCAGUAUUUAAUCAUCCAAAUACUAUUACCACUAUUGAAAAGUAAUGUAAAAAUUGUGCCCUUUUAGAUGGUGUAUGAACUACAUGUAUUUAUUAUAACUAUCGUCUAAAUUGUGUCCUUCCAGAUUCAUAUGUUGAAAUCGUAUCCCCCUGUAUACCUCAGAAUGUGAAUGUAUUUAUAAGUAGGACCUUUAAUUAGGAGGAAUUUAUGGUCAAAUUAGUAGGCAGAGUCCAAUGUGACUAGUGUCCUUCUAACAAGAGGGAGAGGCACCAGAGGUGGCAGUGCACAGAAGAAAGACCACAUGAAGGCAAAGCAAGAAGACUGCCUUCUGCAAGCAAAACGGGACCUGAGAAGAGAUCAGACCUGCUGACACUUCAGUCUUGGACUUUAUCCUGCAAAUCUCUGAAAAAAUUAUUUUCUGUUCUUUAAGACAGUCUGUAGUAUGUUAUAGCAUCUCUAGGAAACUAAUACCAUAGUGAAAUGCUAUUUUGUAAUGAUCUUAGGCUGUUGUUGUGUAGUAAUCAUAGAAGUCCUUAUUAAUACAUCAAGGUAUUCAGUUCUACAACUGCAAUUAAAGUAAGCAUAUGUUAAGGGAAUAUUUAUUAUAUCCAAAAAAUAUAAUUCUCCAUUUUAUUGUUGAAAAUUCCUAAAUAUGAAAAUUCCUAAACUAUGAAAACUGUGUAAUUCCUCUAUUGAGGAACUUUGAGUGGUUCAUCAUUAUCUAGGAUAAGGUCUGAAAGAUCUAGUAUGAAAUCAUUAUAGAAAAGAGAAGCAACUUUCUCUGUUUUUUUUUGUUACUUUUAGUGACGUAAUAAUAUGGGUAGCUUGUGAAAUUGUGAUUAUUACCAUGAUGAUGGACUGUACUGCCAUCUACUUGUCAUUUUUAAGUGAAUUAGACAAAAGAAUGAAACUAGAUAAACAGUAGAAGAUUUUCUCGUUAAUAAAAUAUUUCAUAUUUAGUAGUAAUAGAAAACAUGAAAAUCACAAAGUUCAAUAAUUAGUACAUGCCUGCUAUGUGCCAGGCUUUGUUCAGUUUCAGGGGAUACAAAAGAAAAAGGGUUAAAGUUGGACUUAACUACUAUUUUGCAAUGGUACUUAAGUUGGUAACUAUAAAAUGUGGUAUAUGCAAAGCACAUGCCGAAAACCAAAGCAGAACAGAUUUUUAACUGAAGUUUACCAUUUUUUUAAAUUUUCAAAACAUUUUUAAAUGGUAACAGAAGUGAAAAAAGGAAGAUCUAAGCUUUCCAGAAGGCUUCUGACAAUUUAUAUCAAGAGCCUUAGCGACAUUGUUUUGCCCUAAGAAUUUUAUUUCUAAGAGAAUAUCCUCAGGAAACAAUCAUUGAUGUGACAAAGCCACAACUAAAAAGAUAGUGCAGCAUAGUUUAUAAUUGAGAAUAACAAAAAAUUUUUAAAAAGUGCUAUGAGCUAUGCUAGCUUUGCAUUUCUAUAAUGAAAUACUAGAGGCAAUUAACUUAAAAAGAAGAUAGUUUUCUUUUGGCUCAUGGUUCUGGAGGUUCUUGUCCCAGAUGUGGCAUCCCCAUUGCCUUGGGCCUCUAGUGAGGCCAGUACAUCCUGGAAGAACACAUGGUAGAGAAAAUCACUAACCUCAUGGGUCAGGAAGCAGAGAAAGAAAAAUCUAGAUGACCUGGGGUGUUACUGUCCCCAUCAGGGCCAUAACCUAUAUGACCUAAGGACCUCUCAAAAGGUUUCACUUCUUCACAAUCCGUAGCACCUCCGAGUACUGUUACUGGAGACCAAGACUUUACACAUGGACCUUUAGAAGGUCUGUAUUCCAUAUUCCAACCAUAGCCUAGGCCACUCUGUUUGACAAAAUUUUAAUAAUGUAACUAUAUAAAGAAAUAUGUGAACUUUAUAAAAGUGACAUUUUUUCUAUUUUGUUUCCUUCUUUUAUCAGUAAGAAGAGUGGUUGGCACAUACUCAAUGCUUUGUAGAAUUUUUAGAAUGAAUGAUAAGUAAAUAAAUAACUAAUCUGUAGCCAAGAAAAAUAAUGCUUUAAGGGAUGAGGAAUGCUGAUGGAUUUGAGGAAAGUACAUUUUUCAGUUGCUCUGUGGCUAGGAUUCACUGCUUACCAUCAAAGUGUGUGAAAGAAGGAAUUCAAUAUCAGAAACAUAGAGACACAGAAACUUGGGUGCUUUGAAGAAUACCUCAGAGCCAGGCCAGUAGUGCCAGUGGAACCUGUUCACCACAGAGGGGAAGGUGACACACAAGGAGAGAGAAAAUCUAUGGAAAAAAUUGUCAUGGAGAACCUGUGGAACAGAAGCAGUGUGAUCUCAACUGAUCUAGAGGCAGCGUGGAGAAAUAGUAUUUGAAAAGUAUUCCAUGUUUCUUUGUUGGCCAAUGGAAAGCUGAGGUGGGGAACCGUUGCCACAUAUUAGCUCUCUGCUGCUGGAACCCAGGAGAUCAAAACAAGUGUUAUCAGACUGUCCCAGCAAGUACUUGCUGCGGGGUUUGGAGUGUGCCUGGCAGGGUGAGACCAAGAUGGGCAAAGAAAUGAUUGUGCCCAGGGGACUUAGGCCAGGGAUACAGAGUGUGGCUUGCUUUUCCUUUGGGUCUGGCAGCUUGUGGGAUCAGCCAGGGAGAACCCAGAAUCUUAAGAGGUGGGUAUAUUUUGCUUGGGAUCUGGUCCUGCAGUGACCGUAUUUGUGGGUGGUGGAGAGUAAGAGACCUGCAGAGAGUUAGUUGCUGUGCCCUACAAGUGGAGUUCUCAGGAAGCCCUUGAAAUCCAGAUGACCAGUGUAGAUGGACAUCUGCCUGGCAACAGAGCGGGUAAAGCUAUUCUCUCUAGAGCAGAUACUGCUGACAAAAUUCCGAGGUCAAUCAGAGCUAAACACUAGCUGUUGGACUUCACAUUCAGAACUCUGCAUCAGCCCUGCCCUGGGAGUGCCUCUAACUAGUUUGCCCAGACAAAACUCCAAUUGUCACUACUUCCCUACCUUAUAUUGAUGAGAAGAGAAGCUGAGAGCUACAACCAGCCUCAGUUCCAGGCCACUCCAAAUGACAGCUAAAUGAGCAACUCAAAAAGACAGAUUUAACAAUCCCUAGCCAUUGCUCUCUCUAAUGGGUACACAGUCCAAGAAGAAACAGAUCAAAGGGAAGUAGGCAAAAGCAGUGAACAUCCCUCCUUCUCAACAGUUUUGACUACCUCAGUGGAAACAAUGUCUUUAUUUUAAACUAAGAUUUUUCUCCUCCUUUUAUUGCAUUUUGCUCUACUGAUUUGUUUGUGGAUACAUAUAUAUGUAUAUGUAUAUAUGC